AUGGUGAUGUUAGCUACAAGGGGCCAGUGGCAGGGUGAUGAUUGGGACAAAACCCCUGGAUCCAUGGAGCCACGACGCUGGGAACGAGUGCGGAAUUCGGAGGCCACAAGGGGGCAUCUGCCUGGGUUGGCAUCAUUUCAUUCAGUACCUGUCGACAUUGCAUGCUUGGCAGGAGGAUUGACAGCCAUUUGGGGCAGCACAGCAGAGGUCCACAGCAUCCAAUGCCGCUCAAAGCAGGUCCAGUGCAAAGUGCUGUCCGUCACCACUGCAUUGCGUCUGUCACCACUGCUCGUCACCCCGCUUCUCACCAACCAAAAUCCAAUCCAGGGCGCUGCGCUGCUGCAGGCCCAAAACAUGGCGAAUCCCGUCAUUCGCCCGCUCCACACCAUCCAUUUCAGAGACAUCCUCCACUUUCGAGAACCUUUGGGGAACUUGUCCCCUUUUUUUCUUAGUUUGCGCAUUCCGUCCGUGAUCAUCACCAUCAUUCCCUCCAACUACGGGCUUCCAUCUCGACCAUACCCCACGGCCAGCAGUCAAUCGCGCCGUCGCACCAUCCCUCCUCGGCCGCCGUUCAUUGCCAAUUGGAGCGCCUGA